AUGAACCUUUCAUCAGGUUCCGAAAAUGAGACUUCUUCACAAGGGGAGAUCACGCCGUCAGACUGCUCAUACGGGGAUUUCAUUUCAAGUCGUCUCGUCGCAGCACAAGCCUGCAGUAUGUUACCCGAGCUUUUGGAAAUAUAUUCUGAAAAUGUUCUUGCGAAAUUGCUGCGAGUUGCACAGGAAGCACUGGAGAAUAAUAAUCCACCGAUUGCAUAUCCUGAAUUCGUGCCGCAGAGGGGCAAAGAUAUAGGGAAAUACUUUCUGCGCGAAAAGUAUUUCUGGACGUGUGGCUUUUUUCCGGGGAUGCUCUACACUUUAUUAGAGCGCGCGGUCAGAUAUCCUAGUGUUUUCCCAUUUUACGGCCACGAGAAAGCGACUCAAUCAUUUGAUAAUGCUUUCUUGCGACAACAGUUGGCCUCUCUAUGCGAUCAUUGGAAGGGCCCGAUCCAUGAAAUGGCCUCUCGAACUGAUACUCACGAUCUCGGUUUUAUUUUACAACCUUCUCUUCGAAAGGACUGGGAGCUUACCGGCAGCGAGAAAAGCUUACAAUGUCUUUUAUCUGGAGCUCGAAGUCUUGCAAGUCGAUACAAGACAAAUGUAGGCGCAAUCCGCAGCUGGGAUGUUCUCAACCAAAAGGAUGUGACAAUAAACAGUAUGACCGAUGACUUCCUAGUCAUUAUCGACAGCAUGUGUAAUCUUGAUCUGUUAUACUACGCUUCGAAGCAUCUAGGCGACCCAAAUCUUGCUGAGAUUGCUACCACGCAUGCACGUACCCUUAUAAGAUCGCAUCUGCGACCGGAGCACAUCACGGGAGAGUUUGAACACAAGGGCGAACUUGUAUAUUCCACUUGCCAUGUCGUCAACUUUGAUCCACGGACUGGCUUAAUCAAAGACCGUCGAACGGCGCAAGGUUACCACGUUGACUCGACCUGGGCCCGCGGUCAGGCGUGGGCUAUACUCGGAUACGCGCAGACAUAUAAUUGGACAAAGGACAAACAAUUUCUCUGGGUUGCAUCUGGUCUCGCAGAAUAUUUUAUCUGGCGACUGGAAAGCGCUCCGGUGUGCGUUGAGAUGACCUAUACAGGAACGAAUAGACGCGAGAAUGUAGGUCGCUAUGUGCCAUUGUGGGACUUCGACGCGCCUAUUGAAGAUCACACCAAUCCGCUACGCGACUCUUCAGCUGGAACUAUUGCUGCAAAUGGCAUGUUAGCUCUUUCACAGUCCAUGGCUGCAUUGGGAAAUAUGGUACUCGCAGAAAAAUACCGAUCCACGGCCAUUAAGAUAGUGACUGACACAUUGGAAUUCUGCCUGUCAAGAGAGAAGGCUAGGAUCGUGCAACGUAAAAAUGGACUUCAUGUCGAAAACGUUGAGGAAGGCUCACGGUUUGACUCUAUUCUGAAAAAUGCCACGGCUAACCACAAUGCCUACGACCUCGACCGUUAUAGUGAUCAUGGACUAGUAUAUGCAGACUAUUUUUUGCUCGAAUUUGGAAACCAGCUGCUCCGAGCGGGUUUUAUAUAG